GGGCUAGGGAAGGGAGGGAGAGGGUAUAAAGAAGGAAUUGGGGACACGCUAGGCAGUGCUCUACCACUAAGCCACAUCCCCAGACUUUAAAAAUUUUAUUUUAUUUUAGGUUUUUUUGAGACAGGGACUCGCUGUGUAGUUUAGGCCAGCCUUGAACUCUUGGCGAUCCCCCUGCCUCAGCUUCCCGAGUGCUGAGAUUACAGGCGUGUGCACCAUCCCCAGCUUCUCACAUUUUCUUUUUGGCUGGCUUUCUUUCCACGUACAUGGAGAUAAGGUAGUUGUGUUUUGGGGAGAUCUGAACCCACCGGGCCACAGGCUGUACCAGGAAGCUGGCCGAAGAGGUAGGCUGUGAGGUGCCUCCAUGCAGAGGCUCUGGGCAUACUGGGGACACUCGGGGGCAUUGGGGGAGCUGGGUGGGGUGCCUGUGCCUUUCAGAGAACCAUGGCAACCAACCGGUCCCCGGAGCUCGGCGAUGUCAUAAUGCCUGCACGCAAGGUUCUGAUGGCAAGGUUCUGAUGAUGAAGCCCAGCCUCCCUGGAAACUUCAGGCCGCCUGCCUGGGCUCAGAGGAGGAGGAAGAGCUUUACCUGGGGCUGAGAUGGAGCUACAAGCUCUUCCCUGGUACCAGAGGACACCCCUGCGGAUCCUCAUCAGGAUGGGUAAAGGGGACCCCAAGAAACCAAAGGGCAAGAUGUCUGCUUAUGCCUUCUUUGUGCAGACCUGCAAAGAGGAGCACAAGAAGAAGAACCCCAAGGUCCCUGUCAAUUUUGCCGAAUUUUCCAAGAAGUGCUCAGAGAGGUGGAAGACGAUGUCUGGGAAGGAGAAAUCUAAGUUUGAUGAAAUGGCCAAGGUGGAUAAAGUGUGCCAUGACCAAGAGAUGAAAGAUUGUGGACCUGCAAAGGGAGGCAAGAAGAAAAAGGACCCUAAUGCCCCUAAGAGACCACCGUCUGGAUUUUUCCUGUUUUGUUCAGAAUUCCGCCCCAAGAUAAAAUCCACCAAGCCUGGUAUCACCAUUGGAGAUGUGGCCAAAAAGCUGGGUGAGAUGUGGAAUAACUUAAGUGACAGCGAAAAGCAGCCCUACAUCACCAAGGUGGCAAAGCUGAAGGAGAAGCAUGAGAAGGAUGUUGCUGACUAUAAGUCUAAAGGAAAAUUUGGUGCUGCCAAGGGUCCUGCUAAAGUUCCCCGGAAAAAGGGCGCGCCGCGACUGAACUCGUAGGUUAAAUGACAGCCCGAUUUCGAACGUGUGGUCUCCAAUGCUCUGGAAGUUGGCGGCAGUUGUUCUGUGUGGCUUGGGGGUCGUCUGGAGCACUGUGAAACUGUAUCAAAGCUGUACGUAUUUCCAGACAUUUUUUAACUGAAAAGGCACUCCGUGUUCUCCUCCUCGCUCUGUGCACUUUGCUGUUGGUGUGUAAAGGCGUUUGAAGAUGUCUCUGCCAUUUGUUUGUUUUUGAAUUUGUAAGGUGGUGUUAACUAUGUGGUUAUUGGUCAGAAACCCUUGGCCACCAACUGUACAUAUCUAGAGAUUGUAAAAAGAACAAAGCAAUCCAGGCAAACCCUCGGUGCCCCCUGCUUGGCGCUGAGGCUGUGGGACAAAUGCCACCGGGAGGGGACCAUAGAGCUGUCGCUGCGGCUAUGGCGGGCGUCCAGUCAGCUUCUGUAUAUAGUGACCUAGCAUCCCGCUGCCCAUCUUAGCUGGGGACCAAGAGGGUCAGCUGGCAUGAGAAGUGUUUGGAUUCCUUUUUUCUUUGGUACUGGGGAUAAAACUCUGGUCCUUGCGCUUGCGCAACAGGGGGCAAAACCACUGAGCUAAAUCCCCGCCCCCGUUUUGUUUUUUUAGUUAAGUGCAGUAGAUGGAAACUGUUUCCAAACAGACUGUAGAACUCUUCAUUUUCUGCAGAGAGCCGAUGAAGGUUCAAAAAGCUUCUGUAUUAAACAGGAUUUGCAUCGCUGUGUUAUUUUUUUGUAUAUUUAGAAUGCUGAAAUGUUUUCCAAGUUAAAUAAACAGUAUUGCAUUAAAAAAAAAAAGGAAUUGGGAUGUGUUAUAUACAUACACGUCCCAACUUCCCACAUGGAAAGUUAACAUGGAUUACACACGUGUACUAAUAAACUAAAAUACAAAUUUUAAAAACAUUUUAUACUUUGUCAUUAACUAUAGUCACAGUAUACAAUAGUCUCUCGAUAUGAUUCAGCCUAUGUAACCGAAAUCUUGUGUCCUCUAACCUGUAUCUCCCUCGUCAGCCCAACUCCCUAAGUGCAUAGUAAUCACUGCUCUCCUCUCUACCUCUGAGUGUAACAGUUUGAGACUCUGCAUCUGUACCCGCUAAUCCUGAUGCCAACAUCCCUAGAUUAAGAGGUGCCUAGCAGAUUGUCGCAGCGUGCUCCUGGUGUGUCUGGGUGGGUUUUCGAGGUGUGGUCUUGGGUCC